AUGAUUGACAGAAUCAAUCUGGCAAGGACAGCACUCUCAGGAGUCCUGCUGUCACGGUCAAGACUGCCUGUGAAGGAUUCAACUGUUCGACCUGUCCGCAGCCAAACACCCGGGCAGCCAGUCGAACGCAAGGUGAGUCCUCCAUUCAGCUCUAUUGAUAACUUUCUUGUCGCCUUUAGCAAGCUGCGUAUAGCAGACAGAGCUCGACAUGCUGCCCCUACUCAACAAUCAGCAUCGGCGGAGAGCAAACGACAAUUGAUAGUUCAGCAGCGCAUUGCAGAGCGUCGACAAAGAGUGAUCAGCAAUCUCCGGCCGCAAGAGAAGGAGAAGCCUGUCAGGCCUCAAUACAUAAAUCCGAAAGCUGGAGCUGGAUGGAAAAAGCCAUGGGCGAGGGUGUUCAAAGGUCGACAAAAGUCAAAGAGAGUCACCUUUGCACCUAAGCUCGUCACUGCGACAUUCUACUAUCCACACGUGCCACCAGUUGGGGGUUGGGCAGAUGCAGUUGAUGAGGAUGAUGUCAGUGAUGAUGAGGAAGAGACGGAUACACCAGGUCAAGAUGGUCAAGAGUAG